ACUACAAUAAAGCUUCAUUCUUAUGGCCCUCUCCUCUCCAAUCUGCUCAUUAUAUUUCUCGAGUCUAAAUAUUGGUCUAAUCGAUCCUUUUCUUUUAUAAAUAAACUUCUGUAUUGUUAGUUGAAUUUGCAACAAAAACAUCAAAGUGGAGUAAAUUUAUUUCACGACGGGAAUGUAUUUUGGUGAGACUAAGACUGUAAAUCCAACUGAACCGAGUUCAGAAGGUGCUAGAAGGCGACGGAUGGAAGUUCACCAGUUCCGUUUUGUGGCCAGCGAUAUGGCCGUGGCUCCAGCUCUGGACAGUGAAAGGAAGAGACAGAAACUGAGUAAACUUGUCUCUGUAAAGAGCUUUGAGAUUAAGGAGAAGCGAUCUAAGUUGGAAAGGAUUGUUUCCCUGCCGCUAUCGCUGCCGUGCAGAAGUAAUAUUGAGAAGGGCGAAAAGAAGGUAGCGGAGAACAAAGAAACCGAAAGGACAUUGGAUUUAUCGGAAUCUGCUUCAAUAUCGUCGAAUAUUGGACGCCCAGGGGUUUCUGAUUAUCCCAAAUUCGGCGUGACAUCUGUUUGCGGAAGGAGAAGAGAUAUGGAAGAUGCGGUGUCGAUCUACCCUACGUUUAUUCAGGAGAAACAUGAAAAAUCGAGCAACUUGCAUUUCUUCGGUCUCUACGACGGCCAUGGCUGCUCUCAUGCUGCGAUGAAAUGUAAAGAUAGAAUGCACGAUAUAGUGAAGAACGAGGUUGACAGCGCAGGAGAAGCUACGUGGAAAGAGAUGAUGACGCGGAGCUUCACUAAAAUGGAUAAAGAAGUCGUUGAGAAUUCGAGAGGAGGCGUUGGUGCACUAACCGCCGAUUGUAGAUGUGAACUUCAGACGCCGCAGUGUGAUGCCGUUGGAUCCACGGCCGUCGUAGCCGUGGUAACUCCAAACGAAAUCGUUGUGUCCAAUUGCGGUGAUUCUCGCGCUGUGCUCUGCCGAAAUGGCGUUGCUAUUCCUCUUUCCACUGAUCAUAAGCCGGAUCGACCCGAUGAACUCAAUCGGAUUGAAGAAGCUGGUGGUCGUGUUAUCUAUUGGGAGGGUGCAAGAGUCCUUGGAGUUUUGGCCAUGUCUCGAGCAAUUGGUGACAAUUAUUUAAAACCAUACGUUACAUCUGAACCUGAAGUGACCAUAACUGAAAGAACAGUGGAUGAUGAAUGCUUGAUAUUAGCUAGCGAUGGGCUAUGGGACGUGGUGUCAAAUGAGACGGCAUGUGGUGUGGCCCGCAUGUGCUUGAGGUCCGGGCGACCACAGUCUCCGCCAGGGUCGCCGGCUAAUGAUGUCACACCAACGGUCUACGGGGAGAACUCCGACCAGGCCUGUACUGAUGCGUCGAUUCUCUUGACUCGGCUGGCUUUGGCUAGGCAUAGUUCUGAUAAUGUUAGUGUUGUCAUUGUUGAUUUGAAGAGAGAUUUAUAGAAUCAAAAAACAAAUAAAUGUACAUGUAUAGUUUCGAGUUUUUUCGUUUAUAGGAAGAGUAAAUGAUUUCAUGUAUCAAAGCCCAAAGGCCAGAUUUUCCAUGGUUGCAUCUUAUUGCUGGAGAAAAUUUCGUUAGCGUGUCUUUACUAUUAGUAUUCAAGAUAAGAAAUUGUGUAAGAGAGUUGAUGGAAAUGUUAGGAGACAUUGUUAUUAAUUAAUUAUGCAACAAUUUGACCUUCUCCAUUU